UUCUCCCAGGGAGCUCCGGGACCGGCAGGAUGGGGUCAGCUUGUGUCAAAGUCACCAAAUACUUCCUCUUCCUCUUCAACUUGAUCUUCUUUAUCCUGGGCGCCGUGAUCUUGGGCUUCGGGGUGUGGAUCCUGGCCGACAGAAGCAGCUUCAUCUCUGUCCUGCAAACCUCCUUCGAGUCGCUCAAGAUGGGCGCCUACGUCUUCAUUGGUGUGGGGACAGUCACCAUGCUCAUGGGCUUCCUGGGCUGCAUUGGUGCCGUCAACGAGGUCCGCUGCCUGCUGGGCCUGUACUUUGUCUUCCUUCUCCUGAUCCUCAUCGCCCAGGUGACCGCUGGGGCGCUCUUCUACUUCAACGUGGGCAAGGUAAGCAGGGUGAUGGGCGGCUGGUGUCUCAGCAGGACCCACGAGGGGGCGCUGCUGCCCCGGGCAGGGCGAAGCGCCCUGGCCGAGCUCCCUUCGGGUGAGCAGGUCCCCGGGCCCUGA